AUGACACCAAGGGGGAGAAAUCAGGUGGCGUGUCGUUGCCCUCUGCAGUGUCUCUGCCCCACCAAGCCACCCCACUGUGCUCCGGGGGUCAGCAUGGUACCUGAUGGCUGCGGGUGCUGCCAAGUCUGUGCCAGGCAGCUGAAUGAUGACUGCAGUAAGCACUGGCCCUGUGACCCCCACAGGGGGCUGGAGUGCAACUUUGGGGCAGACCCCUUGGCCAGCAGGGGCAUCUGUCGGGCCAAACAGGAAGGCCGGACCUGCGAAUACAACGGGCGGAUCUACCAGAACGGGGAGAACUUCCAGCCAAGCUGCAAGCACCAGUGCAGCUGCAUUGAUGGUGCCGUGGGCUGCCUGCCCCUCUGUCCCCUGGAGUUGCCGCUGGCCUCCCUCCACUGCCCUGACCCACACCUGCUCCAAGUGCCAGGCCAGUGCUGCAAGAAGUUUGUGUGCAGCAAGGGGUCCAAGCGGUUCGGGGAGGUCUCCUUCGAGGGUGGGGAGACCAACAGCAAUGAGCUUGUCUAUGUGGGCAAGGACAGCCACUGGAAGAACCUGCCGGUCUGGCAGCCGCUGUUCAAGCCCCAUUCUGUGCUGCGGAAAUGCAUUACCCAGACCACGGACUGGUCUCCCUGCUCCAAGACCUGCGGCCUGGGCGCCUCCACCCGAGUCACCAACAACAACCCCCAGUGCAAGCUGGCCAAGGAAACGCAGCUGUGCCAGAUCCGGCCCUGCAGCCAGCCUGACUUCACCAAGCUGAAGAAGGGCAGGAAGUGCCUCCGGACCCACAAGGCAGAGGAGCCCGUGCAUUAUACCUACGCUGGCUGCAAGAGCCUCCGCAAGUACCGGCCCAGCUACUGCGGCUCGUGCCUGGACGGGCGCUGCUGUGUGCCUCUGCGCACCCGCACCCUGGCCGUGCCCUUCCGCUGCCCGGACGGGGACUCCUUCACUCGCAGCGUCAUGGUGAUCCACUCCUGCCAGUGCGGGCCGGCCCACUGCCAGCCCCUCAAUGAGGCCGCCAUGCACCCCCAGCACCGGCUAGACGGAGACACCCACAAGUUCCUGGAGUGAGCAUGGCUCCUGGUGCCGGCGUGGGGGGAGGGACGCCCCCUGCCCUCCAAGGACACUUGAAGGACGUGGAUCUCAGCCACAGCGUGGGGGCUGUGAGCUGACAGGUGGGGGCUGACUUGGGAGCUAUUGAACUGCCUGCCACCCCCUUUCUAUCCUGUAUUUCCUCCCAUGCCCCCUUCCAGUCCCCUGACCUCCCCUCCCUACCCCAUGGUGCACCAUUUCCACCCACGUCCUCCUAGCUCACGGUGCCUCUUCCCACCUGCCCCCCUUGUGCCUCCACUUCCAUUACCUGCCCUCUCUAGACCCCCUAUUUGUGUUCCCCACCUCCUACGCCUCGUUCGCCCCCACUUCCCCCUCGCUGUCCAAGCCCCAAAGAGUUCGGGGGAGGGGAAUCUCACAUCUCCUCCCCCCUCCUGCAGCUCCCUCGAAACCAACAAGCUGUUAGCCCCUGCCCUGCAUACGCUCAUUGCCCCCGGUGCUGAGCUCCCCAAUGGGGAGUCUUCGGAGCCACUUGAAGGUGAUAGACAGUUGCCCCUGCCCGCCCUCGGCCUCAUUAAAGCACUUUUGAUUAUGA